UUCUCAGAGCUAGGGUUCAGCCCCUUGGCAAAACGGUCGGCGCAGAACCAAAGGAAGUAAAAGGUAGAAAAACUGAAAAAAAGGAAAUAAAGGGAGAAAAAAAAAAGAGAAAAUCUCACGAGACAAGAAGAAACAAAUCACAAGUCCAGGCAAGAACGCGGAAAAAAAAAAAAUAAAUCUACCCUAUAAUUUGCUCACGUUUUCUUGCUCUUUUUUCUGCUGCUACAGAAAAUUGUAUCCUUUUCGUUCUCUUCCAGAAAUAGGGGAAGAGAAGGGUCGAUCGGCGCCAUGGAUUUAAAGUUUGAGUCGCAAAAGAGGAAGAAGAAGAAGCGGGAGCUGAGGAUGCUGGGGGACGCUUACACCGUGGAGAUGGCGGUGCCCAAGGAACUCGACGUCGACAAGGACGCUCCCGCCGUCGAGCUCCAGAUCCGGAUCCCCGAUGUCGGAAGAGCAAUCAAGAACUUCUUUAGGAGUAGAGAAGUUGGAGAGUUUGUCAGUGGGGCAUUAGCUGGUGCCAUGACUAAAGCUGUUCUUGCUCCUCUAGAGACUAUACGAACUAGAAUGAUUGUUGGAGUUGGAUCCAAACACAUUGCUGGCAGUUUCAUAGAGAUCAUUGAAGAGCAUGGCUGGCAGGGACUUUGGGCUGGAAACACCAUCAAUAUGCUCCGUAUAAUUCCCACCCAGGCAAUUGAGCUUGCCACAUUUGAGUGUGUCAAAAGGACCGUAACUUCGGCACAAGAGAAGUGGAAAGAAGGAAGUCCAAAGGUGCAUAUUGGUCAUAUCAAUCUAGACCUCUCCUUUCCAUGGAUUUCCCCGGCUGCUUUUGGUGGUGCAGCUGCUGGCAUCGUAAGCACGCUCAUGUGCCAUCCUCUCGAAGUCAUUAAGGAUCGUUUGACUGUGAAUCGAGAUGUCUACCCCAGCAUUAGCCUCGCUUUCAGAAAGACCUACCAGAAUGAUGGGAUUGGUGGUUUCUAUGCUGGCCUUUCACCAACACUAAUUGGCAUGCUUCCCUACAGUACAUGCUACUAUUUGAUGUAUGAGUCCAUGAAGAAAUCUUACUGCCAGGCUAAGAAGAAGAAUUCUUUGAACCGUUCAGAGCUGCUGAUUAUUGGGGCUCUCUCAGGGUUUACCGCAAGCACAAUCAGUUUCCCACUGGAAGUGGCAAGGAAGCGGCUGAUGGUUGGAGCCCUGCAAGGAAGGUGCCCGACUCAUAUGGCAGCAGCCUUGUCCGAGGUCAUUCGUCAGGAGGGUCUGUUGGGUCUCUACAGAGGGUGGGGUGCUAGCUGUCUGAAGGUCAUGCCUUCUUCGGGCAUAACGUGGAUGUUCUAUGAAGCAUGGAAGGAUAUUCUGCUGGUGGACAGACCUUUGCUGUAACAUAUAACAGAACAUCUUCUCCAUUGCUUCCUCGUUCUUGACUCCGUCGACAGGACCUUGUAGCGGGGGAUGCUAAUUUUCUCUAAUUCCAUGCAUACUUAGAUUCACAUUGGAGAGGAAGGCUGGGGUCUCCCUAAUGGGAUGGAAAAUGUUCAUGAUAAAAAGGAUUGACUGGUGCUGAUGGGAAAUCUGUAUCACAACUGAUUAUUUUGACGAUGCCAAAAACCGAGAGAAGUGUAAAGGUAUUGGAAAAUUGAGUCAUUAAGUUCAUUGAUGUUACUGAUACAUAGUUUACACCAGUGAGUGAAAUCAUGCUUAUGGCAGCGGUAGGCCAUGAACUUCAUGCUCAA